CCUUCCCCCACCCUCUUUCAGGCCAACUCCCACUGCGCAGGCGCAUACAGUGCACCAACAUGGCCGCCCCCGUGGAUCUUGAGUUGAAGAAGGCUUUCACAGAGCUUCAAGCCAAAGUUAUUGACACUCAACAGAAGGUGAAGCUCGCAGACAUACAGAUUGAACAGCUAAACAGAACGAAAAAGCAUGCACAUCUUACAGAUACAGAGAUCAUGACUUUGGUAGAUGAGACUAACAUGUAUGAAGGUGUAGGAAGAAUGUUUAUUCUUCAGUCCAAGGAAGCAAUUCACAAUCAGCUGUUAGAGAAGCAGAAAAUAGCAGAAGAAAAAAUUAAAGAACUAGAACAACUUGCUUCUUUCAUUCCAUAUGAAGCACAAACAUUGCCAUUGGUAGGGCUGGCCGGUGGACUCACUGUCGAGUGCCAGCAGCAGAAAAAGUCCUACCUGGAGCGGAGCGUUAAGGAAGCUGAGGACAACAUCCGGGAGAUGCUGAUGGCACGAAGGGCCCAGUAGGGAGCCUCUCGGGGAAGCUCUUCCUCCUGCCCCUCCCAUUCCUGGUGGGGGCAGAGGAGUCUCUGCAGGGAAACUUCAGCUUCUCUUCUGCCCCGAUGGACACUUUAUCUGGAUGACCUAGCAACGUCACAUUUUCUGCGUCACCCUGAGCCCCAUUUGCUUCCAAGCCCUGGAGUUUUUACCCUGGCUUUGCCUGCCACCUCUGCCCAGGACACUCUUCCCUCUCGGGGUGUGUGAUGAACUCCCAGGAGAGGGAAGAUGGGAGCCAGGGCAAGAUAGGAAGCUCUGCCUGGGCUUUCCACUAGGCAUGCCAGCCAGACCAAUAAAAAGCAUCCGUCCCACUCUGCUAAGCCUGCUUUUCUUCAGCAGAGGGAUGGAACAGAGGGUGAGAGAGGCAGUGGCCAUCUCCACCUCAGCUCCUGCUCCCUCUGCAUCGGAGCCCUUCCUUUCUUGGGGGAUGGGCUCUUGCCCUCUUCUCUUUUCCCUUCCUGUACCUUUGACUAACCCCUCAGCUUCCGGGCCUGCAUGUAGUAGACAGAAGAGGAAGAAAGAACAGACGUUCACAGCUGAAUCUCAGUGAACAGAAUAGCAGUCCCUGGAUGGCAGUCUACCUAAAGAUUCCUUUCCCUGCCUUCUCCCAUACAUUCCAAAAGGAAGUUCAACAGUCAGCAGCACCUCCAAGACUGUCUCCUUUUGGCCAAUAUCAUAAGAUGGACGCUGUAAUCCUGAGGCCUCCCAGAGGCUGAGGGGCAAUGGUGUGCUCUAGCUGGCUCAUCCCAGCCCAGGUGGGCCAGUUAUUCAAUUUUCAAGAAUUUUGUUGCAAGCCAGUUGUUAAACACAGCCAUUAUAAUUAUGUAAAUUGCAAAUUAUGUUAAAAACAAGGACAAUAAAUAUUCAAAAUGCAUCCCUAAUUA